CAAUUUUUUUUUAACCUUAUCAUAUACAAUUUAAAAAAAAAAACGAAAGAAAUUGCUUCUUUUUAAGAUGUCACUACACUGUUCGGUUCGACAGUAUUUUUUUCACAGUUGUGCUAUCGAGAAGAAGACAUCACAAGACUCAAUAUGGGGGAUCAAUUAGUCCUUAAAUCGAAGAAAAACAUAGUAAUUUAUGGAAAUUGAUCGGAUAGCCACGGUCCCACCCGAGCCCUUGUGGAUCAGAUGCUGCGCAAACGUACAGUGCAAAAUCUCGAUCCCCGGCAUCAAUUGAUGGUUGACAACGCCUGUGCCGUGGUCACAUCUAUUGCCGCUCCAAGGCCGCCUGCCCGAGUUGUACAGAAAACACCAAUUGAGAGAUACAUUCGUAAGCUCUUGUACCAAGAACUGUACAAAGGAACCGUUGACAAGGUUGUACGACAGUUGCGCAAGCUUGAUUGGAGUUUGGGUUCACCUCAUCUCCAUAUGGCAAUUCGACUUUUAAGCAAUGCUCACGAAGUGCGUUAUUUUAAUAUUCGAUUUCUGGCUCAUGUUGUAGCUACAUUGGCCACGUAUCAGGACGGAGUGGGGCCUCGUGUUGUCGAUGCUGUACUCGAGGAAAUUCGUCUUGGGAUGGAAGUUAUUGACCCCAAAUAUAACCAAAGGAGAGUUGCGGCUGUUCACUAUCUAGGCGAACUCUACAACUACAGCAUGACCGAAAGCGCCCUUAUAUUCACGGUACUUUAUUCACUGAUCACGUUCGGGGCUGGUACGCCGCUGGACCCACCAGAAAAUGUAUUUAGGCUGAAACUGGUGUGCUGCCUUUUGGACACAUGUGCAGUGUACUUUGAUACCGGCAGUGCUAAAAAACGCCUGGAUAGCUAUCUGCACUUCGUACUUCUUUAUUUUUGGAAAAAAAAAGAAGAUUUCGGCGAAAACUUCCCCGUUACCGUUGAGCUUCACCUACGGGAGAGCAUUCAUCCGCUCAGACCAAAGUUUCAAUGGCCGAAAUCUCUUGAGGCGGCGCACGCGGCAGUAAACAAAUUACUUAAUCAAGCUAUAACUGCAAAAGCUGAAAAGGACGCUAAGAACGCGUCUAUUAAAAACGGCGGCAGUCGAAACCAACUAACAGGGCAGUCGGUGACGGUUGAGAAUGGCACAGCCGCCCUCAUAUCUGGUGUCGCGUCUGGUUUGACGCCAGCAGCCGAAGAUUCCGAGGGAAUGUCGGAUGGAGCCGAAGAGGACGGUGAAGACGAGGGCGAUGAAGACGACGAUGAAGAAGAAGAAGAAGAUGAUGAUGAUGAUGAAACCGAGAGCGACGAACUGAGGGAUGAACCCGAAGAGGAGGUUGAACCAGACGAGUUCCAACGGGAGUUCGAGGCCGAAUUCGAGGAGAUGGUCUACGAGAGUAUGGCGCAACGCUCUCAGGACCGCAGUCAACAACCUCAAGUAAAGGAGAUCAUGGUUCCACAGUUAAGCAGUCAGCAACUCCAAUUGCAAAAAACGGGCUGUUCAUCGUCUCAGUUACUGGGGACCGGGACCUUUUCCACUAGUGGUAUAACGCCGCCUUCUGGCCUUUUGUCUCUGUCUGCUGGCGCAACGGCCGACGAGUCUUUAAGCGACAAUAACGUUACGAAUCACGCCACUAUCAGUGGUUAUAAUGCCAACAACAGUACUGCUAAUGACGUUAGCAGUAACAAUAACAGCAACGGGAACAGCAACAUACCAAAUGCUGGUUCCUCAGGGGGAUCCGCGGGCAUUGGCCCAGGUGCAGCAACAACUGGAGGAGCAACAAAUUUUGUUAUCAUGAUGCGAUCGCAAAACAACCGCAACAAACCGCUACUAAGGCAGAUCCAGCUCGAGGAUAGUGACGAACUCGCAAAGAAGAUUGCACUAACGCAAAAACGUGAACGCGAAGAGAAACAACGAAUGAAACAGCUUACGCUGAACAUGAAUAUGAGGCAAGAGGAAGAAUCGUGGAACGAUGACGCCCCGGAUGAACAUUUAAUUGGGCCAGAACGGAAGUUUGUUCAUCCAAAGGGGGCUCCCGAUGCGGAUCUUAUUUUCGGAUCGAGUUCACGUAGAAGGUAGUUGCGGCCUUAUACAAAAAACACCAAAAAAAAAAACGCGUAACGCAGCUCAGCAACUACGACAACGUCGAGUAAACGGAAGUGGCCACUGAGCUGGCUGCUAAUCGGCCACGCUGCCCGGCCGAUGAAUCGGAACUUCAUAUCUCGGCUCGCGAGUGAUCUCUCCAAGUGACACUAAGAUCCUGCAGUGCCGAACGGAACUUUCUAUGAACUCUGAGCCACCACUGACCCAGUUUCGAAACAGGCUUGAGACGUUACGUGUGUCCUGUUCGUGAAUCGUUUCAGUUACAGGCAGCAGUCUACAUACGAACUAAGAAGGCAAAUACAUACAAACGUACCUCCUGGCAAAACGCAGGAGCGGCCAGCUAGUUGAAUUAUUCAAAAAAAAAAAGGAGUUUUCUUUUUUGUCACCAACAUCACAAAGUAAAUAUCUAAUCUUCUAAAAAGCUAUGCAUAGAUAUCGGUCGAAAACGGGAAGAUUAUAAAAUCAACCUAUUGUAUUCUGUUCCUGUUUUGUCAAGCAAUUCUAAUAUGCAGUCGAAAUACGCAACUACUUAAUUUCUGACAGCAGACAGUAUCAAAACGUGUGGGAAAGUAUUAACGAUAUCGAUUUUCGCCGAUGCAUUUUUUGUCAGCAUAACAUGAGAAAUAGUUGGCCAGAACUUUGUUUGAAUUCUGAAAGAAAAGCAUCUGUGUAAAUAUGGAUCUGCUCGAUUUAGCCAAAUUUGAUUCGUCAUCAGCAAGGCCGAGAUCUCUGGAUCGGUAGAGAGUGCGAGUGUGAUAGUAAAAAGGAGGCGGGGUGGGUUUCUCUCUUCAUUGACAUCGUUUGGCGGAGACCACAAGCUCACCGUUAUCAGGAUCCGUAUGCAAUCUGUUCAGAUAGAUUCAAAAACAAUGCCAGAGGUUUCAUCAGUUCAACAAUGUGUUAGUCCUUCUUGAAUACCAUGGAUAUAAACAAUAUCAGGCGAUACGUUAAAGUCUUGUUGGAAAAACGAUACAAUUACAAAUACUUGUUGACAUAAAACUGUCUGUGUUUAGUGUAUGAUAAUAUUAGUAUAUGGAAGAUGUGAGCGAAGUGCUUUCACUUGCCGGAGCUGGACCGUGAGAUCAGUACGAAAGAUCGCGUCCGCAAUAACAACAAAAACAAUACUAAAUCGCGUCUGCAAUAAACAUCAAUUUCAAUAGCAAAUAACAGCGUAGUUCAUUACUAAGUCAAUUCUGUCGUCCGUAUUCGCCUGAUUAUGUAUGCUCUCUAUUUCUGACAUAUGCUAUGCGAUAAGCAGAAAACAAAAUUGACCUUAUUAGUUUAGUUUAUUAUAUCUUUGAAUAUAAAGUAUUACAAUUUCGAUCACACCUGAAGUGAUCAAUCUUGAAGGUCCUAUGUAGUCUCUGCGAAGAGGACUGGAAAGUAUCGGGACGACUAUCACAAGUCAAAUAAAAUUAUUCUUCUCUCGUCUGUGGUUCAUUUUGUAGAAGCGCAUUUUCAUUCUGGAAUAUAUUCGCAGAUUAUACGGUCGGCGUAACGGUUUCAGGUUAGAUCAGGUACAGCUUGCGGUAAAGGAGAACGGGAACUAUAGCCGGCGUUUGUAACGACAUAAGCAAGCUCAAUGGCGUUCUGUUUGUUUUGAAAGGUUGAGCAAUCGCUAAAUAUUUUGCAUUAACUGACAAUAAGUGAUUUGUAUCGUAAAGGCUGGGGGAAUCUUCAGAUUUAGACGAUUUAGCUCAUUUUUCAUUCAAAAGUUUGUUCCUGUAAGUUGCUCGACACAAUCAUCGAUUUGUAUAACUUUCAAGCCUCGAUCGCCAAUCAUUAGGGCAGCGUUCGAGUAAUAAUCAGCUGUUCAUAAUGUUAUAAACAGACGCGACUUGCGUCAGCGGACCCGAACCUUGAUGUUUCAUGCAAAAUUGCCGUUUGACAAACGAUUAAUAAAUGUUCCGAGUUUUAUGUGCUAGUCGCUGCCGGACAGUGCCUAGGCAUA